AUGUUUCCAUUCUCUCUUAUGGGAGUAGCCGAGCAUGGGUUGAAUAAUGACGUGCCUCCCGGUUCUCUCACAACAUGGAAUGAGGUUACUACGGAAUUUUCGGCAAGGUUCUAUAAUAAUCAUAAGAAGACUGCCGAGGCUCGUUCUAAAAUUCAAAGCUUUCGCCAAAGGGGAGGUGAGUCUCUAUGUGAGGCUUGGGAAAGGUACAAGGAACUCCAAAGACAAUGCCCUCAUCAUGGCAUUCCCAACUACCAAAUUCUUCAAACUUUCUAUGGAGGCCUUUCACCCCAAAGCAAGACAAGUUUAGAUGCCGGGGCCGGUGGCCCUAUUAUGAACAAGAGAGAGGACGAAGUUGAAAGCAUAAUAGAAGAUGUGGUCCGGAAUUAUGAGGAUUGGUAUGAAGGUGAGAGGGAAGCCACUUCAAGCAAAGGAACGGUGCAAUCCAUCGAGCAAACCAAUGCCAUCACAAAUCUUUCCAACCAAAUGGCAAAGAUGGCGAAACAAAUGGAGGAGCUCAUGAAAUCAAGCACUCAAAAUACUUCCUCUCCUUCUACCAAGAGAGGCCAUGGUAUGAAUCCUUCUACUUCUUCUCCCUCUAAUUACAAUGCUAUGCCUCCCGGUUGUAUGUUUUGUGAUAUAUGUGGAAACUAUGACCAUAAUUCCGAACAAUGCAUGUCCAUUAAUGAAUAUCAAAGCCCUUCCCAAGAAAAUGAUGAUGAUAAUGUUGAAGAUGUUAAUGCUAUGAAUUUUGUCCCCCGUGAGGGAAAUAAUCAAGAGAGCUACAACAAGAGUCAAGAGGAGGAAAAGAAACAAAUUAAGGCACACAUGAAAAUGCUUGAGACCCAAAUCUCCCAAAUUGCCCAACCAAGUUCUUCAUCCUCCCCUUCUUCCUCUUCUUCUUUACCUAGCCAAGGUGUCAACCCCAAAUCUAUGUAUGCCAUUACCACUAGAAGCGGGAAGAUCAUUGAGAGUGAUUUAAAUAUUGAGAAGAGUUCCGAUAAAGGGAUAGGACUUGAGGUUAAGGAUGAGUCAUCAAGAGAGGGUGAGGUUCUAGAAGGAAGUGCCGAAAAGCAUGAGAGGGGUGAGAGAGAAAAAGAGAAGGAACCCGAAAAGGAGAGCACCAAAGAGCAAACACCUUUACCCCUUAAUCUCCAACCUAGGAAUGAGAGGUUGCCUUUUCCUCAAAGAUUUGCUAGGUCUAAGCUUGAUACCCAAUUCGGAAAGUUUUUAGAAGUAGAUAAAGGCUUGCAUGUUUCUAUACCCUUUGUGGAUGCUAUGAAGGAGAUGCCUCACUACUCUAAAUUUCUAAAAGACCUUUUGAAUCAAAAGAGAGGAGUUGAGAUCGUUAAUCUAACCGCAAAUUGUAGUGCCAUUCUCUCUAGUAAGCUACCAACCAAAUUGCAAGACCCCGGUAGUUUUUCCAUUCCUUGUUCUAUCAAUGAGAUCCAUUUGGGGAAGGCUUUGUGUGACCUAGGUGCUAGUGUGAGUUUAAUGCCCUUCUCGGUCUACCAAAAGCUCAAUGUGGGAAGCCUUUCACCUACAAACAUCACUCUCCAACUAGCGGAUAGGUCCACAAAAUUGCCUAUAGGGAAAGUAGAGGACAUCCCCCUUAGAGUUGGUAAGUUCACCUUUCCGGUGGAUUUUUAUGUCCUUAAGAUGGAUGAAGAUGAAAGAAUUCCUAUAAUUUUGGGUAGGCCAUUCCUAGCUACUUCUAAAGCGAUCAUCGAUGUCAAAGAAGGUAAGAUGACCUUGAAGGUUGACAAUGAUUCUAUUGAAUUUGACUUGAAUAAGGUAAUGAGACAACCCUCCUCUAGUAAUGAAUGCUUUAGAAUAGAUACAAUUGAAAAUUUGAUGAAUGAGUUUAGAUACCCUCUUAUGCAUGCUUCUAAUGAUCUACUUGAGAAUGUUUUGUUGAAUGAGAAUGAAGUAGGCGAUCAAAAGGAGAUGCAAUUGUAUGAAGAAAUACUUGAUGAGAAAGAGAAGACAAUCACCGACCAAGAGAUGCUCCAAACACAUGAAAUCUUCAAGGUAGAGAAGGAGGAGAUCUCCAAUGGUAAGGGAGCUCCGAAGGUAGAAUUGAAGCAGGGAUCAUCUAUCCAAUUGCUCAUAGUGAUUGGGUAUCCCCGGUUCAAGUAG